AUGAUGAUGAUGUCUUCGUCAAUGGCUUCAAGCUUUGGAAUCAUUCGUUGUCAAGAAGAUGAUGAUGUUGCCUCCCUCUCAAACGACAAAGACGAUGUCGGAUUUCCACAUUGGAGACUUCCCUUCGCAGCCGCCACCCUUCGUCUUCUCCAUUUCCCAGAUCUGUUCACCAUUCUUCAAUGA